AUGGCCUGCUGCGCUACCAGCUUCUGUGGCUUUCCCUCUUGCUCCACUGGUGGCACCUGUGGCUCCAGCUGCUGCCAGCCCAGCUGCUCCCAGUCCAGCUGCUGCCAGCCCAGCUGCUGCCAGCCUACCUGCUGCCAGCCCAGCUGCUGCCAGUCCAGCUGUGGCAUUGGCAGUGGCCAGGAGGGUGGCAGCGGAGCCGUGAGCUGCCGCGUCAGAUGGUGCCGCCCAGACUGCCGCGUGGAGGGCACCUGCCUGCCCCCCUGCUGUGUGGUGAGCAGCAUUCCCCCAACCUGCUGCCAGCUGCACCAUGCCCAGGCCUCCUGCUGCCGCCCAUCCUACUGUGGGCAAUCCUGCUGCCGCCCAGCCUGCUGCUGCCACUGCUGCCAGCCCAGCUGCUCAGAGCCCAGCUGCUGA